GUUGAGAGCUGUUGUUUUGUUUAAUCAGAGUCAGUCAUUCAGUCAUUCUGCACACAUCUCAUGCCUUUGGUAGCAUCAUGGGUGCUGAGUGCUGAGUCUGUCCCUGGGUUCAUCAGGAAAAGCCUGGACUACUGCUCACUUGCCGUCUUACCAAGAAAGAGUGGCUUCUCAAACUGCAUUUUUUUAGUGAACUUAAAUAAGCGGUCAGUCUACCUCUGCUGCACAGGACAGUGUCGAGCAUCAACGUAGUAUUGGAACAGAUGGUUCCUGCGCUGGACAAUAUGACCCCAACACCUCUGACACAAAACUGCUCCAACUGCAGUCAGGUUUUAGUCCCAGAGCUCGACGUGGCCAAGGCUGUGGGUUUGGGACUAGUGCUUGGUAUUUUCAUCGUGUUUGGAAUUGUGGGAAACAUCCUGGUAAUCCUCUCAGUAGUGUGUCAUCGAAACCUGCGGACGGGCACACAUUAUUUUAUAGUUAAUCUGGCCGUGGCAGAUUUGCUGCUAACCUCCACUGUACUGCCCUUCUCUGCCAUUCUGGAGAUUGUGGAUCGUUGGGUGUUUGGACGGAUCAUUUGCAAUAUUUGGGCAGCUGUGGAUGUGCUCUGCUGCACCGCCUCCAUCAUGAGCCUCUGUGUGAUCUCGGUUGACCGCUUCAUUGGAGUCAGUUACCCUCUGCGUUACCCGAUGAUAAUGACAAAACGCAGGGCGCUGCUGACAAUGAUGAUGCUGUGGGUGCUGUCGCUCGUCAUAUCUAUUGGACCUUUGUUUGGCUGGAAAGAGGAAGCGCCCGAGGACGAGACCAUCUGCAAGAUCACAGAAGAGCCGGGCUACGCCAUCUUCUCUGCUGUGGGCUCUUUCUACCUCCCUCUAGCCGUCAUACUGGCCAUGUACUGUCGGGUCUAUGUGGUAGCUCACAGGGAGAGCCAGGGCCUGAGGGAGGGUCACAAGAUAGAGAAGUCAGACUCAGAGCAGGUGACACUCAGGAUACACAGAGGCAACACGACUGUGUCAGAAGACGAGGCCCUUCGCAACCGCACACACUUCGCCCUGCGACUGCUCAAGUUCUCACGUGAGAUGAAGGCCGCCAAGACUUUGGGCAUUGUGGUUGGCUGCUUUGUGUUGUGCUGGCUGCCCUUUUUCCUGGUGUUACCUAUCGGCUCCAUUUUCCCCACAUACAGACCUUCAGAAACCGUCUUCAAGGUCACCUUCUGGCUUGGUUACUUCAACAGCUGCAUCAACCCCAUCAUCUACCCGUGCUCCAGCCAGGAGUUUAAGAAAGCUUUCCAGAGUUUACUCGGAGCUAAAUGUCUAAGAAAGACCCCUAGACCACAACAUCAUCAUCUGAAUGCAGCUCAGAGUCAAACUCAUGGUCAAAGCCAGCCCCUAAAUCUGGCCCUGGACAGCAGGGGUCGGCUCAGCCCUUCCCCUUCUAUGGCCCUGUCCAAGACCUCUUCCUUCAGGGACAGCAGGGAGUGGAGGGUCGAGACGAGCAGAGUGAAAGUGGCCAAAUUCUGCAGUAAAAGCUUCCACAAAACCUGCUGCUGCAUCCUCAGCGAUGGGACUCCCACGCCGGAGGCAAACUGUGCACAGCCCCCUCCUGUCGUGAACCUUCCCACCAUCAAAAUCCACCAACUGUCCCUGUCGGAAAAAGGAGAGUCUGUGUAACUACUGUAAUCCUUCACACAUUCCUAAUGACUCUGUUUUUCAAGGUCGUGGAUGAGAAUAUAUUUCCUUUGGCUCUGUUAUCGUGACAAAAGAUGAGCUAUGUCAGAAUGGUGGCUGCUUUGAAACUUAAAAUGUGUCAGCUUUGAUAGCAUUCUGUGAUUUUUCUGGAUGUAAAAAUGAAAGAAACAUCACGGCCGUUAUAGCUGUACCCUUUAAGAUCACACACAAACUGUUGCAGACCGUCCAAAGUGUAUAAAGACCCUGUAAAUACGCCCUUGACGUGGACCAAAAGAAGUAUAGUAAAGAGAUUAGAGAUCUCUAAAUGUUUACAUAUUUUAUAUUACAGAGAGAAAUGUAAAUAUGCAUGAUUUCACCAAAUGUUUCAAAAAUGCUGGUCAGUGGUGCUCCUAUUGUCCAAAGUUUGCCUAACGCUGUUCCUGUAGUCAAAAUGUUGCUGCUCUGUACACAAAAAAAAGGGACCUUGUGCACUUCCAUGUUAUAUUACAAUAAAUUUGUAUGACGUAUUCCUAACAAGGUGAUUUUGCUUGAUUCACUG